CAGCAGAGGGAGGAAUACUCUGUAUCGUCUACUCGUCACUUCCGCUUUAAAGACAAAAUGGGUGGCGCCAAAGCUUGACAACAAAGCGGUUGUUUGUAACUGAAAGGAAUCCUCCGCGUUCAUUUAAUCUUUCCUUUUACCGCUUCUCAUGUUUUUUCGGAGCUAAAGAAAGACGUGAGUUUGCCAGUUUGGCUGAAAGUUUUCCUCUGGAGCCGCACAAAUGUCAACAUGGCUGCGAAGACGGACCAGCUUCUCAUCGUUGUCUCCAUUCUAGAAGGCCGCCACUUCCCCAAGAGCCCCCGGCUGAGUCUGGUGGUUCAGGCCAGCUUUGAUGGAGAGCAGCUGGCGACGGACCCGGUGGAGCACCGAGAGCAGCCACAGUUCAGCACGGAGCUGGCCUGGGAACUGGACCGCAGGACUCUGCACCAGCACAGGCUGCAGAGGACCCCCAUCAAGCUUCAGUGUUUUGCUGUGGACUCCGUCAGUCAGACGAGAGAGACCGUGGGCUACAUCAUCCUGGACCUGAGAUCAGUCCAGGAAGUCAGACAGGAUCCUCGCUGGUUUCCUCUGCUGAGCAGUAAAUACACCAAACAGAGACCUGCUCUCCUCCUCAGCAUGGUGGUGGAGAACGACUCCAAGGCCUCCCAGCCCUCACCUGAUAGGUUCAGAGCCAAGAAGGCCCCGCCCCGCCAAGGUUCCUCCUCGGUUACUGAUCUCCUCCCAGAGAAGCUGGAGGCCACGCUGGUUCCAGACCAGGGUUAUCAUCAAGUGGGACCCGCUGGUCUCUGCAGCGACAUGUUCGUCCUGUCCGUCACCGUGGCCUUCGCCACCAAGCUGGAGCAGCUCAUCCCCAGCUCUACCAAACUGUCUGCUGAGGACUCCGGCUUCUUCUUCUACUAUUCUUUACUUGGUAACGACAUCACCAGUGAGCCGUUUCACAACCUGCUGAGGCCCGACUUCGAGCCGGAGCGCGCCUCUGUGCGCAUCCGCAGCAGCAAACAGGUCCUUCAGGCCUUCCUGUCCCAGCAGCCCAGUUUACAGAUCCACCUGUGCUGUGGGAACCACUCUCUGGGCAGCGCCGAUGUUUCCCUCUCAGCUCUGGCUGCUGUGUCUUUGGAUCUGGAGAACAGGGUGUCCACGGUGGAGGGAGCGUUUGUUCUGCAGCCACCGAAACGCAUCAACCUGCCUCCUCUACCUGCCGACCUGCAGCCAACGCUCGGAGUGGCAGUUACCUUACGGAGAGAGGACGUUCCGCCACAGUCAGUAAGGAGUAAAGAUGGUCCUGGAGCUCCAUCACACCCCGUUCCUCCUCCAGCUGCUCCUCCUGCUGAACAGCGACCCCGCAGCGCCUCUCCUGAGCAUGCUCCCCCUCCUCCUCCUCCUCCUCCUCUUCGUCCUCCGUCCUCUCACACAGAGAGUGAUGCUGAGAGUCUCCUGGAGGAGCGCAGAGAGCAGGCCAGGGUUUCAGCUGCAGGUGUUGAAUCUCCGCCCCCACCUGAGGCUGCUGCAGAAGGUGAAGCGCCAUCCGUCAGCAUCUCUGCUCCCAAAGUGUCCAUCCCCUCCUCCGCCCAUCACUACUGCUUCUCCCUGGACCUCCGCAGCCUGGGAAAGCUCAGCUGGCCUCACCCCAUCGCCGCUACGCUCAGGUAUUCUUACCGGUUCUUUGGUAGUGCAGCUCCCAUCAUGACCAACCCUCCCGUGGAGCUGCAGAGGAACAUGGAGGUGUCUCUGCCCCAGUCCUACUGUGCCUUUGACUUCGCCGCCCUUCCUCAUCAGCUGCAGGACACCUUCCUCAGAGUUCCUCUGGUGGUGGAGGUCUGGCACAGAGGCUCCACCAGCAGAGACCAGCUGAUUGGACAAGCUUCCAUUCAGCUGUCUCACCUGCUGACCUCAGAGAGGACCAGAAUCCUGGGAGCAACGGGAGAACCGGGCUGGAGACAGACUCACCAGGACCGGAUCCCUGUGGUCCAGACUCAGCGCUCCACAGAGAAGGUGGCAGAGCUGAGCUACGUGGCGGCGCUGGACGACCUCGGUUUCAUCAGCGUGAAGGAGAUCAUCGUGUCGGACUCGUCGCAGAAUGAACUUCCAGCCCGCACAAAGCCGUUUUCUCACCCAGCAGCCACCGGCCCUGCGGCCCCCUCAGCGACGCAGGGGCUGACGGCCCCCAGAGACACCCUGGAGUACCGUACGGCCCUGGAGCUAGAGCUGUGGAAGGAGGAGCAGGAGGAUCUGUUCGAUGAUCGGCUGAGGAAGAAGGAGCUGAGACACAUGCAGGCGCUGGCGGAGGAAUGGAAGAAGAGGGACCGAGAGAGGGAAGCUCUGGUCAAGAAGAAGGAGGUGGAGUACAACCUGCUGGAGGAGAAGCUGCAGAAGACUCUGUCCGAUCUGGAGAAGAGAGAGAAGCAGCUGGCUGAAGCUGAGCUGCAGACUCAGCGGCUGCAGAGGGAGCUGCGAGCGGAGCACGAUCUGACCCAGAAGGAGCUGCAGGAGAGCAGCAGGAGGCAGCAGCGGGAGUGCGACCACCGGGUGGCGCUGGAGAGGGAGAAAGUGAGGCUGAUGGAGGAAGAGCGGAGCCGGCUGCUGCAGCAGAUUGCAGACGGCGAGUCUCGAUACAAACAGCUGGAGAAAGAGUUUCAGCUCUACAGGGAGCAACAGAACGUCAGACCGGAGUUCAGACUGCAGUCGGAGGUCAACCUGCUGACUCUGGAGAAGGUGGAGCUGGAGAGGAAGCUGGAGUCCACCAUUAAGUCCAAGCUCCACUACAAGCAGCACUGGGGACGCACCUUGAAGGAGCUGGCUCGACUCAAACAGCGGGAGCAGGAGAACGCCAUGAUGCGUCUGAAGAAGCAGCAGGCUGAGCUGGAGGCCAUGAGGCUGCGUUACCUAGCAACAGAGGAGAAGGAGGCGGUCCGGCAGGACAAACAAGAGCUGGACAGCAUCAGGAACGAACUCAACAGAUUAAAAAAGCAGGAGGAAAGGUUAGGCCCCGCCUCUCAUGAACCUGACCCCGCCCCCAGCCUGAGCCUGAAUGAGUGUGCAGAGGAACACCUGAGUCGUCUCCUGGAGGAGAGAGACACGCUGCUGAGGACGGGGGUGUACACUCACGAAGACCGAAUCAUCACCGAGCUCAACAGACAGAUACAAGACGCCAUGAGAGACAGACGGACGCUGUGACACCUGAGGCUGCAAUCAGAGACAAGCUCAGACCUGAGGCUGCAGCGUCCAAUCAGAGACAAGCUCAGACCUGAGGCUGCAGCGUCCAAUCAGAGACAAGCUCAGACCUGAGGCUGCAGCGUCCAAUCAGAGACAAGCUCAGACCUGAGGCUGCAGCGUCCAAUCAGAGACAAGCUCAGACCUGAGGCUGCAGCGUCCAAUCAGAGACAAGCUCAGACCUGAGGCUGCAGCGUCCAAUCAGAGACAAGCUCAGACCUGAGGCUUCAGCAGCCAAUCAGA